GUUCGCCGACUUAACGAGCUCGAAUCCUUGCAGAAGGAGGACAGCAGGCAUCGUGCAGACAUCGACGCGCUGCGCGAUCACUUGGCUUCGGCACUCGAGGCGCUCCGCGGUGACCAGGCUGGUGGCCGGGAGGCCAUGGAGGCGUCAACACGGGCGGAGAUCCAGGCUCUUCGAUCGCAAGUCAACGGCUGGAUGGAGGCGCUCUCCAUAACGAGGCAGCAGCCAUUGCAGCCAACAACACCAACAGUCACAGAUGAUCGUUUCGAGGUCUUCGAGAAACUGCGCGAAGACCUGAACGACGAGUGCGGGGAGCUGGCUGAGAGGCUUGGAGCCGACGUCGCAGCACUUCGUGCGCAAAUGGCUGAAGGCCUUGCGGAG